AUGCCAACGGCCACAAAGCAAAAAUAUUUUUUUUUACUGUUCAGGAGGCCGACUUGUCCCAUUUGAGCGCUUUUGUUUUUUGUUUUUGUGUGUGUAAAAGAACGAGGGAUCAAUUAGGGCUGCAGCCGCCGCCACGAGGAAACAAAAUCGUGUAUACGAACGAACGAGAACUUCGCAAAAUACACAACAUGUCUGCGGGCCCCGGGCGCACUAACACGAACACGGAACCGUGGGGAAGCUUCGACGACCACCUCGUACAGGGCGGCGGUGGCGGCUCAGCAGUCAUCGACAUGGAAAACAUGGACGACACGUCUGGCUCCAGCUUCGAGGAUGUGGGGGAGAUGCAUCAGAGGAUGAAGGAAGAGGAGGAAGUGGCAGCAGAGGCGGCGGAUGCCGAUGACGAGCAGGGAGACGACUUCUUGGGCAUGAAGGGCUUCAAGGGGCAGCUGGGCAGGCAGGUGGCGGACGAAGUGUGGCAGGCGGGAAAGCGGCAGGCUUCACGAGCCUUCAAUCUGUACGCCAACAUCGACAUCCUGAGGCCCUACUUUGAUGUGGAACCUGUUCAGGUGCGCAGCAGGUUAAUGGAGUCAGUCAUUCCCGUCCGCAUGAUCAACUUCCCCCAGAAGAUUGCUGGCGAGCUAUAUGGACCACUCAUGCUUGUCUUCACACUGGUUGCCAUCUUGUUGCACGGCAUGAAGACAUCGGGGACCGUCAUUAGAGAGGGCACACUGAUGGGAACGGCCAUCGGAACGUGUUUCGGGUACUGGCUGGGAGUUUCAUCUUUGAUCUACUUCCUGGCAUAUCUCGUCAAUGCGCAGAUCACCAUGUUGCAAAUUCUCUCCCUGCUGGGUUACGGGUUGUUCGGCCACUGCGUAGUUCUACUGGUCAGCUACAACGUGCACUUCCACCUGCUCUUCUACACCCUCUGGCUGCUGCUCGGAGGACUGUCUACCCUACGGAUGGUGUCAGCUCUGAUGUCUCGCACGGUGGGUCCGACUCCUCGCCUGCUGCUGUGCGGUACUGUGUCAUUCCUGCACAUGCUCUUCCUGCUCUACCUUCACUUUGCCUACCACAAGAUGCUGGAAGGGCUUCUGGACUCCCUAGAAGGAUCUAACAUGGCGGCCAUGCAGCGGGUGGCCAGAGACGUGGAUGACCGUGUGAGGCUGAAUGCCACAGUCGCCCUCGCCCUUUGACCCCCGCGUGCACAUCUUCGUGUUCAAAUGAUUCCCUUUUCAAAGCUUUUGCCUUUGUUGUCAUGAUUACCAUUGUGUUCAUACAGUGUAAAUAUGCUAUUUAUCAGUCCUAAGUUUAUGGAAAAUGCUUUAUUUGGCCUCACAGACAGACAAUGUGCGUGUGUGAAUGCCAAAGGGGUGUUUUGCAAUUAUUAAAUAUGUGAUAAAUCCAUCAUUUACAGAGAUUAAUAGAUAGGUAAAUAGAAUUCAAAUGGAUUUUCCUGUCCCCCGAAAACCUGCCAGUGUUAUCAUCAUUCAUGGCUAUUAGAGGAGCCUGUUCAUCCUUAUUGAAUGGAAAUGAGCAAAUAUCGGCGGGAAUAAUCGUCGUGCUAAUACUGCAUUUGAAGCACACAAGCGCCGUGGAAAUCCGGUUUGUGAUUAGGAGAAAGCCAAAUAAAAAGUUUUUUGCUUUAUUUUAA